UGUCCUUCUACCUUGAAUAGAAGUUUUCCUGAUAAGAAUAAACAAGGAAAAGGUCCUUGCCUCCUGGAAGAACGAAUCUACCAGAUGGGUUUGGAUGACACAAGAAACCGCUUAAAGUCAUCAGCAAUGUUCUCAGCCCUGAGUCUGAUGGAUUACUUCUGUGAGUGAUGGUGAGCCGUGGUGGUAGACAGCUCAUCCAAUCCCUUGCAGUUAUUGUUACUUAAGACUUUUUCGCUUUCAAGAAAAAGGAACGCGAGCUAAGGUGGCAGUCCUCGAGUCCAUACGGCACCUCUCACAUCCUCAGUCCACUUUGAGUACCUUCACCCUAUUUCCUAAGCAGCCGCUGUUUGGUCCUCUCGUCCUUGUGUGCCACCAACAUGCAGGAAGAGCAAGGGGUGAGAAGGGGCUCGCACCAGAACUAAGUCCCUAUGUUUAGUGCCUAAGGGACUGAAAUGAAAUGUUUCCUGUGGGAAUUCCUAACUCCAAGGGGUCGGCCAUCUUUCACAGCUCCCGGGGUCGCUCUGCUGCCCCCCUGCGGGCCUAGGGAACACUGCAGGGGUAUGAACCGGCGGUGGGGCUGCUCUCCCCACACGUGGGAGUGGGAAAUGGAGAGAACCCGCCCCUUAGAGGAAAAGCCACGAGUUGCUGUUGUGCUGCAGGAGAGAAAGGGAGAAAGAAAGCGUGCGACAGGGAGUGGGAGCCCCAAGUGAAGAGGAACCCCACAGAGUCAGGCCUGGACACCGGGACCACAGAGGUGUUGAGUGCUGCCCGAUUCUGGAUCCCACCCUGCUCAGCUCAGAUUUUAGUCAAUCAUUAAAUGAAUUGCAUUGAUGUGAAUCCAUCGUUAGUACGUAUUUGCUCUAUUGGGCAUCUCCUGCUGUGGAGGGACCCUCUCCUGGAAGAGCUACCACUUCAAAGGGCUCCAAGGAACAUGCAAUUUUUUAACUUUGUCAGCAAGCAAGAACAAUGCCAGGAGGUCUGGAGAAAACGUGUCAUCAGUGCAUUUCUAAAAUCGCCAGCAAUGCCUGCUUCGUUUUUGUGCUCUGCGCUUUCCUGGCUCUACCUCUGUCCAUGGCCUUCAUAGGAAUGAAAUUUUUGGAGGACUGCCCUAUACAGCCCCUCAUACCUUUAUAUUUGCUAGUGGGUGGCAUCGUCGGCACCUUAAAGGUGUCUCUCCUGUUGUACGACUCCACCAGGAUGAGGCGGCUGCUGUCCAAGGCCGUGGUGAUCGAUGAUGAUGACGAUGACGAAUACCCCUGGAGGCAGAAUGCGCACAGAUACUACAUCCACCUCCUGCUGAGCCUCUUCCUCUUCCUCUGGUUCAUCCUGGGAAACUACUGGGUCUUUUCUGUGUACCUGCCUGAUUUUCUUCCCCCUUUCCAGCAGCCUCAGGACUACUGUGACAAAACCCUGUACCUCUUUGCAGUUGGAGUCCUGGCACUCAGUCACACCGUGCUGGGCUUGCUCCUGCUGUGCAGCGGCUGUGUCUACCUGUGCUCCAGGUGGAGACUUGCUGCCGAUGAAGACUGACAGCUGCCUUGUCCAGCAUACCAUGUAUGCAUGUGCACGCACGCGCGAGCAC